AUGAAGAACGCGGAGGGCUGGGACGGAAAAAUGAGGAUCGACCCAAAAGAUCUAAAUGGAGCUAAGGAGCCCAAGGAGCUCAGAGAGCCCAAGGAAGCAAAGGCUGUUAUUACAAACCCGGAAGCGCUGGAGGAUUCCGAUUACUCGGACCCAGAUGCGCCUCCGGUGGAUGAGAUUGAGGCCGACGAAGAUCUGUUGGCAGACGAAGAUGUCAACGCGGAGGAUAUCGACCUCGUGCAUUGCCGGAUAUCGUCGAUUUCUGCUCUCAAAUUGGAACGCUUCACUAAGCUUCAGAGGCUAUGCAUGCGUCAGAAUCAAAUAUCACGCAUCAACUUCCCUCCCAAUAUCGCUGAAAGCCUGACCGAGCUCGAUCUUUACGAUAACCUCAUAUCGCACAUCAAGGGUCUGGAGGACUUCCAGAACCUGACAAGCUUAGAUCUAAGCUUCAACAAGAUCAAGCAUAUCAAGAAUGUCUCACACCUCAAGAAAUUGACCGAGCUUUUCUUCGUGCAGAACAAGAUUACUCGCAUCGAGGGCUUGGAGGAAUUGACCUUGAUCAAGAACUUGGAGCUAGGCGCGAAUAAAAUUCGGGAAAUUGAGAAUUUGGAAACACUCAGCGCACUUGAGGAACUCUGGCUUGGGAAAAACAAGAUCGUUGAAAUGAAGGUCCGCGAUAACGCCCAUCUCAACCUCAGAAACAAGAUGGAUAGAAAGCUGACCCACUCCCAGAACCUGGACAGUCUCUCAAAUCUACGCAUCAUCUCCAUCCAAUCCAACCGCCUAACCAAAAUCACCGGUCUUUCCGGCCUCCCAAACCUCGAAGAGCUCUAUCUCUCUCAUAACGCCAUAACAGAUCUAUCAGGACUCGAGUCCAACGAGACCCUGCGCGUGCUCGACUUCUCCAACAACCAGGUCUCCCAUUUGGAACAUCUCUCCUCACUAAAGAAUCUCGAGGAACUGUGGGGAUCCAAUAACCAACUCGCCAGCUUCGAGGAAGUCGAGCGCGAGUUGAAGGAUAAAGAGAAGCUUGAAACUGUUUACUUCGAGGGUAACCCGUUGCAGAUGAACGGGCCCGCUGUUUAUCGCAACAAGGUGCGCUUAGCACUGCCGAAUAUUAAGCAGAUUGAUGCUACUUUUGUUCGGGUUUAG